AUUGUCUCAACUUCAACCAUGGCCGAAGUUAUAGAUCUCUUGUCAUCAAGUUCGCCACCGCCCACGCAACUAUCCCUCGACCCUUCUUCGAAGCCGGUGGCUACGACAAUAUUGAAUCACAUUUUCGAAGAUGUAGACGACCUUGUCGACACUGGAUCCAUCGACUUUGCCAUCGACCGCCUGUCCAAAAAACCGAGAUUGAGCCCAGAGUUGCCUGAAAUCACGAUGCAAGCGACCAAGGUUUUUGGCGUCGGGAAAAAUGCGACACAGCCUGUUUACGAACUAUCCUCGGAGGCCUCAUCUGUACCAGAGCUCAAAUUCGGUACAAACGGCCUCCUCCAGCCAAAGCCAUCCGGGUUGUACAGGACCGACGAGGUUGACGAUAUUAUUUUCACUUCGUCCAUUCCAGAAGUUGAACGCCGUGCACAGGGGAGACCGAGCAAGUCUCAGCCCUUUGAAGCACUCGCAGAUGUCGAUGUCAAUCUGCCCCACCCCGGUAUGACGGAUGAGAGACAGAAGCAGUAUUCGCACCGAACAGCAAACUUACUGGCGGUUCUUUCCCAAGACACCGUUGCAGAAGGGAAGCAUAAGCAUAAGCAACCACUGACGACAGCGGCGAUGGCAUCAAAGCUAAGAAACACUAGGUCACCCCUGCCCGACCAUAUUGAACACUCUUCAAGUCCGCCCAAAGCAUACACCAAGAACGCUGCCAAAGUAUCAGAUAAAGAGAAGGCCGCCAAGGCUGAAGAAAGAGCUGCGGCAAAAGCGAGCCGCGAGGCUGGAAAAGAGGCCGAAAAGGAGCGGAAGAAACUUGAACGAGAACUCCGGGCUCAGGAAAAGCAAAAAGCAGCUGACCUUGCGGAGGCGAAAAAAUCACGGACCAACAAGAAGGAGGCUGUACCGGAGAUGAUUGUUGACAUGGCAAGCUGCUUGCAAGGCACAAGUGUAGGUAACCAAGUGGAGGAGUACAUGAAGAAUCUGGAUGUCGAGGUGACCUUUUCCGAAACGGAUGUGAACUUGCCAGGUGAAACUCCGGAGCAGAUGCAGUACGGCAACCUCGUCACCUGGCGUCGCAAGGUCAAGUCCUCUUACAACGAUGAGGAAGACAGAUGGGAACCCCUUCCAACAAGUCGAAUUGUCAAAGAGCAGCAUGUGCUGAUUCAUCUCCCUGCGGUGGAAUUGGCCGCCAUGCUCAGCGUCCCGAAGUCAGCAGAGGCAAGCGAGUCAAUUACGGAAGGCGACAUGAAAUCCAAUCUAGACACACAUGUCGCUAGCGUCCGGCGACGAUUUGGCAGGUGUACUCCUAUCUACCUUAUCGAGGGACUGAAUGGUUGGCUGAAGAAGAAUGCAAAUGCCAAGAACCGAACCUACACUGCUGCUGUGAGGUCUCAGAUGGCCGAUGCUGAUCCAUCCGAGGCCAACAACGUGCGGAAAACUCAAGCUAGACCUCGUAAGCGCAAGAAGCCGUCCACUGACACCCUCGAUCUCUCCUCAGUGACGCCUGAGGUGGUGGAAGAUGUCCUCUUGCACCUUCAAAUCGCACACCAACCAGUUCUAAUUCAUCAUACGACAUCACCUGCAACCACAGCCUCUCAGAUAUCUGCACUGACCCAGCAUCUGGCGACGCGGCCAUAUCGACAGGUUCAGCUCGAGUUCAACCUCAAGUCGGCGACAUUCUGCAUGGAUACUGGCCAAGUUCGCACCGGAGACGACCCUAGAGAUACGUUUGUGAAAAUGCUACAGGAGGUUCAACGUGUCACGCCGAGUAUGGCUUAUGGCAUAGUUGACAAAUUUGACAGUGUCAGGAAACUCGUUCAGGGAUUUGACCGGCACGGGAACUUGCUUCUCGAAGAUGUGCGGAAGAGUGUUAACAAAGAUGGAGGUUGGAGCGACAAGAGACUUGGCCCUAUGGUCAGCAAAAGACUAUUCAAAGUCUUCAUGGGUCGAGAUCCCCUAGCGACCGACGGCAUGUCAUAA